AUGCAUCGUUUUAAGAACGCGGGCGGGGAGGACGGCGGAGAAGAAGAGGAGACGAAUACUACCACUACUAAUACCAAGAAUGAUACUACUAAUACUAACAACGCUGCUCCGGGGAAAGUCAAUGUUUCUUCAUCCCCGCCGGAGAAGAUAAUAAACUACGCGUAUCGUCACGGCAUGAGUGGGAAAGAGUUGAAGAAACGAGCGAAAGAGUUGAAGAAACGGCAGAUGUUGGAGAGAGAAACGAAACGGUUGGAGAGGCGAGAGAGGAGGAAUAGCGCGACGACGACGUCGCAGGUGGAGGAAGAGGAGGCAUUUUUUAACUCCGCGACGAUACCGAUACCGAUGAUGUCUGAGUACGCGUUCUCGCCGAGCUCGGCGUCGCCUCGCAUGGGUAACCGUCUUCUUUUCUCGGGGUCUCCUUUGUCGCUUCCACCGCUGUAUCCAGCAGGUUUUAAUAGUUACGAAAGCGAUAAAGAAGUCGCGUUCGAAAGGUACGCGUCGUCUUCGUUGGAUGAAAGUCGGCCGCAUAACUUACUCUCCCCGACGAAAUAUAAACAAAAUCGGAAAGAGUUGAGACGGUUGUUCGGUAAACUGGAGUUUGAAACCUUGGAUAAAAGUUCGAUGGAUCGCGUGUUUGUGUCGUGCGAGAUCGGGAAGAAAUCAACAAAGACGGUGCAAUUGUCGGAAUUUCUCGAGACGCCGAACGCGCCUUAUCACGCGGUGCGAAGAGUGGAGAGGAAUAACAGCGGAUGUAGAGGCGGGGUUGAGGUGCUUUGGGAUGUGAACUUUGACGCCUCGGCGGCUGCUAAAGCUGAAAACGAAAGUAAGAGUCUCAAUAUCAACAAUAACGACGACGACGACGGCGGCGGCGGCGACGAGGACUUGGGAGUUUUCGAUGCCAACCUCGAUGACGACGUCGACGAAGACGAGAUGGAGAAAGAGAAGAGUGCCGAAAAAAAGAAUCGUCACCACCUCGUCAAUAACAACACCAAAGAAGACGUCUCGCCGCACGAUGUGUUCCCGAUAGAUAUAUGGCGCCUCGUGUUUGCAAAACUCUCUCCCCGCGAAACCGUUGUGUUUGGAAGCGCGUGUAAAAUGUUAUACAACAUCGCGCGAGCCGAAGAGACUCGAAACGCGCUGUUUGAAAAGCUAUUCUACCGCUCCUCGGCGUGUUUAGUAGCUUCGGAGGAGUCUUCGUCUUCUUCGUCUACUGCGACGAAAUCCUCCCGCAGAAGUGUCAGAGCUCCAAACUCAAACGUGUGGCGAACGGUGCGAGACUCCUAUCUCGCCACAGAGCCGUGGGUUUCUUGGAACGGCGAAACCGAAAAAGAUUUGCGUCGCAAAAUGGUCGAGCCGUUGUUCGCAAACGUCGGUCCCUCGUUUGUUCGCGGAUUAAUAUGCGACCAACAAACCGUGGCGAGUUAUAAUACAUCCUCCGUGAAAUUUUGGUACAACGGUCUCGGCGACGCGAAGUAUAACGUCGCGGGCGGCAGGAUCCAAACGUUAGAGGCAAAAGAUAGCAACAUUCGAGACAUGUGUUUGACCGAUAACUUUGUCGCUGUUUCUGAAAAUUCCGGUCGACUGCGUUCGUGGUCUUCGUUGGACGGUUCGCCGUCUAUUCACAGACCGAUGGUCACCAAACGAGACGCGAAUUCGUCGUUACUGGCAUUACACGCGGAUUCUAUCGUUGCCUGUUGCGAGAAGAGUUGCACGGCAAAGAUUCACGAUUUGGCUCGAGAUGCGAGCGCGUAUUCGUCAUCUGAUUUUGCGGAAAAUGUAAUCAUGGAUUUACGCACCGCAAAAGAGCGAGACGCAAACUCGCGUUGGUACGUCCCGUUAGAAAGCGAAGGUGAAAUUUUGGGCGCAACGUGCAUUAGUAAAGAAGCGGUUUGGGACUCAGUCAUUUGGUUUGGUACGAGUUUGGGGGUUCGUGGCAUCGAUUUCAAUCGGAACGAAGUGAAAGAGACGAUGUUGAACGAUUACGGAGUAGGGGAAGACUACAUGAGAAAAAUAAAAGCGAUCGCAGCGAGAGGGCCAGUCGUUACUGCAGCAAUGGAAGGAGGGCUCGUCGUGCUAGUCGACCGGCGAUCGAAAACGCAAUCAAAUAUUCCAAUCGCAACGUUCGCGCCGCCGUGGUACGAACAAGAGGGUCGUGGAAACAACAAAAUUGUGAACAAUUACAUCUCGGAGCAAAAAACCUGCUUACAUUUAGAAGACGAGCGCUUGAUUUUUCAUUCCGAGAGCGGGUACGAAGGCGUGUGCGUGUAUGAUAUUCGCAAGUUUCUUGGUCCAAGAAUGCGACGAGGGACGUUAGCUGUCCCGGCAUGGCGCGAAGAUUUAAUUUCUGCGUCAAUAAACGCUCGCGCGCUCCUCGGCGAUGAGAACGAGAACGCGAGAGAAGAAGUAGUAGAAGGGGAAUUCUCGACGACCACCGUAUCGACGGUGUGCGACGUGGGGAGUUUUGGGUCGUGCGCUUCGAUUCUCACGCCGUUCAACGGGAAAGGCGUACCCAUAAAAGUAGGGUGUUUUGCUCGCUUUCCAAAUGGGUUUUAUAACAACACAGCGGCUGGUAUAUUUGAGAACGCGCCGAUGGCGGGUGCGGGAAACGUCGUCGUAGCGCCGUAUAUUCCUCCAGAGAACACCAUUUUGCCCGAAACGGCGGGCGGCACGCCCGCCAUGAAUAGUAGCAGCAGUAAUAAAAGUAGCGGUAGAAACGAGGAUCGCGAUAAAUGUUCCGUAUUUAUCGGUAUGGAAAGGAGGGUGAAAUCGGGCGAUGGUGACUACAGUACCGGAGGGGUGAAUAGACGUUUGGGAUACGAAGAACUUAUGAAUCUAUCGUUGCAAGAACAAAGCGCCGCUGACAGCAAAGCGACGAGGAGGAAAAGCACGCAACCUAAGACGAGAGGAAGGUAUCCAAAGAGGCAAGGUCGAAAUUAA